UAAAUUUAUUGACAGUGUACACGAGUCAAUAGUAAUAUCUUAGAAUGUUUCUAAGUUGAAUUCGUCUGUCAUAUGUUUUCAGUUUGGCUGCAUAGAGCCGGCGUCGUUGUUAACCUUAGUGGUAACAGCGGCAAUUCGAGAUUGUUACAUUCAGAAAGUUGGUAAAGUGUGCAUGUAAAAUGUAAAAAUAUGUGUGAUUUUUUUCUACUAUUACAAGGAAUCAUGGCAGAAAUAAAAUCACUGUUUGUGCGAGUGCAAUAAUUGUCUUUGGUAUACUGUUAGCUUCUACGGAUUUAAUUAAACAACAUAGUCGACACAACGUUUCAGGUCAUGUCUGGCAUCAAGGGCAGCCAAAGUAAUCUAUCAUCAUCUUCAGCUCUGUCAUCUUCCAUGCAGCAUGGAACAUCAUUAACUGGUGGUGGAAGCAGUCUAGAGCAUUUAAGUUGUGAUGAAAGUAAUAUAUCAGCAAGAUCAGUAAGACAUGCCAAAAGAUGUCAUUUUUUCCGUAAUGCUGAUGUAUAUUUCAAAGGAGUAUCGCUUGUUUUUCCUACAGAAAGGUAUAGGUCAUUUGAAAGUGUGUUUUCAGAGGUUACUCGUUCAUUAUCAAAGCAUGUAAACCUACCGACUGGUGUUAGAAAUUUAUACUCCUUAACUGGAAAGAAAAUCAUGUCACUUGAUGAUCUGGAGGAUGGGAAAAGCUAUGUUGCAGCAGGAUCAGGAGAACCAUUCAAACGACUGAAUUAUGUUGGUGUCAGGAGAGGUGCUCAUAAAACAAAGACAAAAAGUUUUCAAGCUAAUGAAUCUUUGCCAGUGAAACAGCAUUUUCCUUCUUACAUUUAUCCUCGUGUUAUAACUGUAGUGAGAAAUGGUACAAGACCAAGAAAAAUUGUACGUCUUCUAAUUAACAAGAGGAAUGCACCUUCUUUUGAUCAUACAAUUACAGUUAUAACGGAGGCUGUGAGACUUGAUACAGGCCCUGUGUUGAAAGUGUAUGCAGCUGAUGGAUCUCAGGUCACAUCACAUGAAGACUUUUUUAAAACAGAAGAUUUGUUUUUUGCUUACGGAUUGGAGAGACCGAGUAAGAGAGAUUUUGAGUUAGAUUAUGAAGAACGAAAGUGUAUUGAAAGCAUAAGGAGACACUCACGACGUGCUAAUAUGCACCUGAAAAGUGAGCACGAGCGGAGCAGCAGGAACAUGGGACAUGUAUGUGAAAUGCCAAACCCUAUUCGCCAGCCUCUAAUAAAAUCUAAGAAACGGAAACAACCAUUAUCGCACAAUACUGAAUCAGGACCAGUGUAUCCACCGCUGAUUGAAUCUACAUAUGAGAUGGGACCGAUAAUUGGCGAAGGGAAUUUUGCCAUUGUUAUGCAGUGCCGAGAAAGGGCAACAGGUCAGGUGUAUGCACUGAAAGUUAUUGACAAAUCCAAAUGUGCAGGCAGAGAACACAUAAUUGAUAAUGAAGUAGCUGUUUUGCAUAAGCUAUAUCACCCAAACAUAAUACAUCUCGUUACUGAAUUCUUCACUGAUUCAUUCUUAUACCUUAUCAUGGAAUAUGUUGAGGGAGGUGAUUUAUUUGAUUGCAUAACUGCUCAGAGAAAAUUCAGUGAAAAGGAAGCUAGCUUCUUGUUAAAAGAUCUUGCCAGUGCUUUACAUUAUAUCCAUUCAAUGAAUAUUGUGCAUAGAGAUAUAAAACCAGAAAAUUUAUUGGUGGCAACAAAUCCCAGGGGGGAAAAGGUACUGAAAUUGGGAGACUUUGGACUGGCAUGUCACGUUUCUGGACCAUUGUACACUGUUUGUGGGACACCAACAUAUGUAGCACCAGAAAUCCUUGAGGAAAAGGGCUAUGGAUUACAAAUUGAUGUUUGGGCAGCAGGAGUGAUAUUGUAUAUUCUGUUGUGUGGUUAUCCUCCAUUUGCGAGUCCUACAGGUGAUCAAGAAGAACUCUUUGACCGUAUACUGUCAGGAAACUAUGAAUUUAGUUCACCGUAUUGGGAUGAUGUAUCAGAGCUUGCAAAAGACUUAAUAUCUCAUAUGCUUCAAAUCCAGCCAGAAGUGAGAUUUUCAGCUGAAGAUGUAUUGGAUCACCAUUGGAUAAGAGUUGCACAACUAGAUGAAUGUGUUGAAGAACUUCAACUUGAUGACGGUGUGGCUGGGGCUGUCAGUAGGUAGCAGAGUUUGAAAGCACAAGGAAAAAAGUUUCACACUGCGUAUACAUCUUAAAGGAAACCAAUUACGUUUUACGUACAUGUCACAUUCGGCUGUACACAAGAUAUCAAAAGACAGUACUCCGUAAUUGAAGAUAAUAAAAGUGAAAGAAAGGAGAAUAAUCUUCCAGUGCUUCCAAUCAUUUUGAUAUUAACAGUCUUCUGGUAUUAUAUUGAUUAUGAAAAAUUUGAGGAGGUGGAAGAUGACGCUUUAGUCUGAUGGCUGAUCAGGAUUAUAAGAUACAGGCAAACAUGUGUAGAGAAAAGUGAAUAAAAUUCAACUAUCUUGACAUCAUUCUCCAUGAACAUGACACGUGAAAGAAAGAAAGAUGGGAAAUUAGUAAACAUUUUUAAAUAGUUGUAACAAAUUUAUGAUUAUUUCUUAAAGCUUAAGUAGUGUGUAACAUUUUAAUGAUACACUGAUUACUCCAGUAGUAACACUUUAAUUAUUUCCAGAUUGUGAGGCCCAACUAUGAUGUAGAACAAGUCAGU